UUCACGUUGAUCUUAUCUUCAAUGGCUCCUGCUUAUUCUAGCCACGUUUGCAUAUUUGUAUCCACUUUCUUCACGUUCAUUUUGGCAAGUUCUUAUGCAAAUGCUGCAGCGGUAACUUCGGCCGCCAUACUCGUAACAGUCGACCAAUCGGGGAACGGAGACUACGAGAAGAUACAAGACGCCAUCAAUGCAGUGCCAUCCGAUAACAAAGAACUCGUUUUCAUAAGGGUUAAGCCUGGCAUCUAUAAAGAAAAGAUUGUUGUGCCUGCAGACAAGCCCUUCAUUACCAUAAGUGGCUCCAAGGAAAAUGGCACCAUAAUAACUUGGAAUGACAGUGGGGAGAUAUUUGAAUCACCUACCUUCACUGUGUUGGCUUCAGAUUUUGUUGGUCGAUACCUCACAAUUCAGAAUACAUUUGGACCCGGAGCUAAAGCAGUUGCGUUAAGGGUAUCAGGAGAUAGGGCAGCUUUCUUCGGAUGCAGAAUUUCAUCUUAUCAGGAUACAUUGCUAGAUGAUACUGGAAGACAUUAUUACAAAAGCUGUUACAUUGAAGGAGCUGUUGACUUCAUUUUCGGGAAUGCCGCUUCUCUUUUUGAGAUGUGUCAUUUGCAUUCACUCUCAGAAGGAGAUGCAGCAAUAACAGCCCAACGAAGGCAGUCUCCAUCGGAAAACACAGGCUUCACUUUCUUGGGUUGCAAGAUAACCGGCGUAAAGAGUGCAGUACUAGGAAGGCCAUGGGGUGCAUAUUCGAGGGUGGUUUUUGCCCUAACUUAUAUGUCUGAUGCCAUACUUCCCCAAGGGUGGGAUGACUGGGGAGACUCGUCCAAGCAAAGCACGGUGUUCUAUCGAGAAUAUAAAUGUUAUGGACCUGGAGCCAAUGCAGGGAAAAGGGUUGAAUGGUCAGGGAAAUUGAGGGAUAAUGAGGCAGAGCUUCUCUUGACAAAGAACAUGAUUGGUGGCAAGAGUUGGAUUAGAUCUAUGCCAACCCGUUUCAAGAAAGCUUCGGCUAAACAUGCUUGA